GAUGCAGAUUGCGGUUUGAAUUAGGAUAUGCUUUCAUUGGGAACCUGUUGACAAACUCUGGUUAAGCAGUUGGACUGUUGAGGUUAAGCUCCUAUAAGCAUGGGUGGAACUGGAAGUUCACCUUGUGCGUCAUGCAAGUUGUUGAGACGCCGUUGCGCAAAAGAUUGCAUCUUUGCUCCUUACUUCCCUCCUGAUGAUCCUCAAAGGUUUGCUCUUGUCCAUAAGGUCUUCGGAGCAAGCAAUGUCAGCAAAAUGUUGCAGGAACUCCCAGUUCAGCAAAGAGCUGAUGCAGUGAGCAGUUUGGUAUACGAAGCAAAUGCAAGGGUUAGGGACCCGGUUUACGGGUGUGUUGGUGCAAUUUCAUUCCUACAAAACCAAGUUUCACAGCUACAAAUGCAACUAGCAAUGGCUCAAGCAGAAAUAUUAAGCAUCCAAAUGCAUCAAGACCCUACGACAAUGUUACUUCAAAACCAGAUAGAAUUUCCAGACGAUAAAUCGCUUCUAUUAGCAACUAGUAACAACUUCAGUAAUCUCCAGCAGUACCUUAAUGAUUUUGCUGCUUCUACUGGUACUGGCAAUGUAAUUCAGGACCCUCUGAAAAGAGAGUCCCUAUGGACAUAAAUUUCCCCCCAUUUUCUUGCAAUCAAAAAUUAAGUGCAUUAGAAGUACUUGUUAAAAGUUUAGCUUUUUAUUUUUUUUAUUUUUUUUAUUUUUUAUUUUUCGCUGUUGUGUGAAGUAGGGCGAUCCUUUGACUUUUUCUCAUGCCUUAACAUCUUCCUAAAGGCAGGCAAACGUGCAUACAACGUAUAAUCCAAGGAUUAAUAUUUAAUAGAAUCAAUUAAAAUAGUGUUAAGAUAACAAUGCAAAUUUGUAAUUAUAAAAAAGUUGCAGGCGUUGAAGUUGGUUUGAAAGGGAAAGUAUACAAAUUAGAACAUAUGAAUGCAUGAUUUAUUAUAAGAGUCAAUAUUAAGCAAUUGCAUGUGGACUGAUUGUAGAGUAACAUGGGUUUUAUAGGAAUUUUCCCUGUAAUGUAGAAUU